UAACUGUGGGUCAGUGUGAUCCCUGUAACUGUUGGGUUGAUGUGAUCCCUGUAACUGUGGGGUCGGUAUGUUCCCUGUAACUGUGGGGUCGGUGUGAUCCCUGUAACUUAGGGUCAGUGUGAUCCCUGUAACUGUGGGGUCGGUGUGAUCCCUGUAACUGAGGGGUCGGUAUGUUCCCUGGAACUGUGGGGUCGGUAUAAUCCCUGUAACUUUGGGUCGGUAUGUUCCCUGUAACUGUGGGGUCGGUGUGAUCCCUGUAACUUUGGGUCAGUGUGAUCCCUGUAACUGUGGGGUCGGUGUGAUCCCUGUAUCUCUGGGAAGAGUGUGAUCCCUGUCAAUCUGGGGAUGGUGUGAUCCCUGUAACUCUAGAGUGGGUGUGGUCCCUGUAAAUCUGGGAUGGGUGUGGUUCCUUCCACUUAAGAGUCAGUGCUAUAAUAUGGGUAUUUAGAGGGGGGAGAGAUUAGUUGUUUCAUAUAAGUGAUGUAUUGAUUUAGAAGUUGGAAAACAACAUUUUAUGGUUCAAUAAAAAAUAUUUAGGAGUACACUUUGUAAAUGCAGCGUUGUUAAGCUAAAAUUUAUUGUUUGAAAGCUAACAUCCGGGGGUCGACGCAAUCUGUUAUAUUGAUUGUCCAACUUGAACGUCUGACUGGGAAUACCAACUCACUUUAUAUUAAGGUAUGAGAAACGCUAUUCCGUAUUGUCACAAAAAGAGAGUGUCUAGUGCAUUUUCUACCCAAAACGAAACAAGUGUCUAGUGCAUUUUCUACCCAAAACGAAACUGUUUUAAAGGUUGAAGUGGUUUAUCGUUACGACCUUCGUUCCCAGUUACUACUAAGUCUUACGCAGUUUAGAUGUGUUCAGGUAUCGUGUAAAAGGGAAGUUUGCUGAAGGUGGAUAUAACAGUCACGAUGGGGACGUUUUUCUCAUCAGAGCAUCUGAAAAAUGUCACCAAAUCUCUCCAGAUUGUCCAAGAGAAUAUUGUAAGUCAGAGGACUCUCGGAGAUGCUGCUUGGCUGCAAGUAAAGAACAUUCAUGACAGAUUGGACGACAUAAAAAUAUCGCUCUAUAACAAAGUUUGUUCAAGAUGCAAGUCUAAAGUCAAGAAAAUCCUCGGUGAGACACCAUCUAGGAAGCGCAAUCUGAUUAAUGAUUUGCCACCAGAAAGGCAAAUGCUGCUCCGUGACCUAGCCUGCAGUAUGAUAGAGAUGGAAAUAUCAAAAUCCAGAAACAAGGACGUGUCCGACGCAGACAUAAGCCUGACACUAGACUAUUUUGAUGAUAAUCGGUAUGCCAAAAAGGUGGAAGAGCAAAAGGCAACCAUCGAAGAGUAUAAGAAAUUGCUUCGUGAUGCCGAGGAAAAUGCCAAAACUGCAGAGAUAGAAAGAGACGAGAUCGCCGUUUCUCUAAUUGAAAAGGAGUUAAACGAAAACGAAGAGAGAAAUAGACUUAAAUUGAUGGAAGCGGAAAAGGAUGAGCAACAGACGAAGAUAGAGGAGCGCACGAGAGAGGGAAGUAAAUUAGCAAAUGAAAACACUUGUCUCGUAAACAAGAUUGUAUUCCUCCAGACUCAAUUAGAUGCACAAAAGAAAGCUCUUGACAGACUGAUAGAAACAACGGUUUCACCGUCUGCAUCCGACGUUGAGAAAAAUCGGCAUGUACACGCGACUACGAGUGAAACAGGCAAACGGGGAAGAGAAGACAAAGAAGUUUUACAACUAAGACAGGAAAAUGAAACAUUGUCAACAAUCAUUGCCGAACUGCAGAGAAACCAAGGUAAAGAGAUUGAAGAACUUAAACCAGUUCGUGAAGAAACAAACAUCGGUAUCCCCAACUUGGAAGAGGAAGAGGAUCUCAUUGAAAAGGAAAAUGCAAAAUACGUGAAAAAAAUGACCAAUUCAGCAGAAGAUGAAAGAGUAUUUCAAAAUCAAUUUGAGAAAUCAGAGACACAAACAAAACGGUUCGAGACAUCACAAGCAUACUUUGAUCCCGAAAUGCAAAACAGCAUGAAGAAACAAGUGACAGAAUUGCAAGAUGAAAACGCGAGAUACUCUGAAGAAAUCUCAAAUUCUGCGGAGGAGAUAACAAAUUUGAAAAGAAAAUUGACAACGCUAGAAAAUGAAAACGAAACUUUAAAUAAAAAGUUUACUACAAUGGCCAAAACUAAGAAUGACCUGGAAUUGACAGCAAAGACACUAACAAUGGAGAAGCUAGGAAUGGAAGAUUCCGUAAAUGAGCAAAUGAGACAAAUCCAAGACGAAAAUACAAAUUACGCCAGCGAAAUCCAGAAUGCUACGGAAGAAAUUAAUAGAUUAAAUACAGAAAUGACUGAAAAGAUAACCAGUUUGUCUAAAACAAAUCACGAUCUCGAAAUGACAUCAACGGAACAAGCAAAGGAAAGGCAAGAAAUGGAAGAUUCCUUAAAUGAGCAAAUGAGACAACUCCAAAACGAAACUACAAGCUAUACCAACCAAAUCCAGAAUGCUACGGAAGAAAUUAAUAAAUUAAAAACAGAAGUGACGACAUCAGCAUAUCAAAUCGAAACUUUAAAUGAAAAGUUAACCAGUUUGUCCCAAACAAAAAAAGAACUUGAGAUGUUAUCAAAGGUACUGGAAAAGGAAAAGCAAGAAAUGGAAGAUAGCUUCAAUGAGCAAUUGAGACAACUUCAAGACGAAAAUACUAGUUACGUCAAAGAAUGCUCCGAUUCCGCUGAGGAGAUAAAACAAUUGAAAAAAACCGCGACGACAUUGUCCCAAUCUAAGAAUGAACUCGAAAAGAUUGCCAAGACUAUAGAAAAGGAAAACGAGGAGCUUACUAAACAAGUCACCGAUCUCCGGGAGAUGAAAGAAAACCUCUCAUCCAAUGUUUCCGUUCUACAACAAGAUAACGUCAGGCUUAGAAGCGAUUUGAGUGCAACCCAAGAGGAAAUGAAAUCAGCACGAAAAGAAAUAGAACAGAAUCAAGAACAAAAUCAACAAUUGGGAAAGGAAAUUGUCCAACACGUCAUAGAAAUCGAGAGUUCCACAAGAGCAAUUGAUACAUUAAAAACAGACAUAGCGAAAUCGGACUUACAAAUAAGCAGCUUAGAGAAGGACAUCGCUACUGUGACACAGUCCAAAGACCGACUCGAAACUUUAGCGCAAACACUUCAACGGGAGAAGCAAGACAUACGCAAAAUAUUAACGGAGCAGAUGACACCUUUACCUGACGAAAAGGAUGACAUCUUGUCGAUAAUAUCUGGAUUCCAAUGUUACAUUGACAGGUUACAAAUAGACCUGCGAACGAAGACAGACGAGCUCGAUUCUGCUGUCAGUGAACUCAAAGAAAUUAAGAGCAAAAAGAAGUCGGUUGUGAUGGGUCUCCGUAUCGAGCGAAGUGGAAUGGGUAAGACUAUGGUAGACAUGGUCUCCAAAGAAUUGACAAAGCGGUUACAUGGCAUUCUGGAAAGGGAAGGCAUAGACAUUACCAUAAAGCUGUGCCAAACACCGUCGGAAGUACCCAAUGGGCCCCUGGUCGUUCUGUGUCUGAACAUGUCGCGGGUUGGUACCAACAUACUCAGCGCUCUAGAAGGAAUAACAAUCAGUCAAGACGUGUUUGUCCUGGUACUACACAAUACACUGAAGGACAAUCUGUCGUUGUUGACACCAACGGGCCUCCGUAUCAGUGAGAGUAAGCUACGGCAGCUCGGCGGGAUCAUGGAUAUGGCUUUCAGUAGCGACAGUGGUGUAUAUGAAUGUGAUUUCAAUUCCAGUAAUGUGGACAAGAUGGCUACGACCCUGAGGAAAUACACACGUUAGCCAGAUUGUUUACAAACAGAUCUGUCUAUGAGGUUAGAAUUGUCAUAAUUAAACAUUGCUUGAAGGUAUACUGCGUGUUUAAGAAAUAAUAAUUCGAUAUGCAAAUAAGACGCUGUUCUUUUACGCGUGCAAGAUUUAUCACGUGAUCGUGUUGCCUUGUUUUAACUUGAUCAAUGUCGCGCCAACAUUUCUCGGUGCGUAGGGUUGGGAUUCCCGGAUUGCGUUUAUUUCUAAAACCAUCAUCAUCGUACCGAUAUCAAGCGAAUUUUCUUGGCAGUGCCAGUGAUACAACAUCAUACGAUAGGCCUGACAUGAGUUGGCAUAUUUAGUUGGUUGCCAUGACGACGUUUUGC